AUGCUUGACUGUGGUCACAAGUCAGAAUACAUGGGUGGCCAGCGAGAAAAUUUUUUGAGGUUGGAAGCUUUGGAUUCUACACUAUCUUCAUCUUCUGAUGCGGGAGUUAUAAAAUCUGGAUUUAGUAUUGAUAAAUUAAGUCAUAGUGGUCAUGGAAGCAGCACAACUUCUAGGUCUUUUAAAAGGGGAAUGAGAAGGGGAUCUGAGGGGCUGAAAUCAAUUGGACGAACACUUGGGUUGGGAGUAUCUAGGGCAGUGUUCCCGGAAGAUCUUAAAGUGUCAGAAAAGAAGAUAUUUGAUCCUCAAGACAAAUUCCUGCUCUUAUGGAAUAAACUUUUUGUUAUCUCAUGCAUUUUGGCUGUGUCUAUAGAUCCACUGUUUUUUUAUCUUCCAGUCAUUAAUAAUUCAUUUCAUUGUCUUGGCAUAGACCGAAAGUUGGCAACAAUAGUUACAACACUAAGGACAGUGAUUGAUGCUUUCUAUCUUAUACACAUGGCUCUCCAAUUUCGUACUGCUUAUAUUGCUCCAUCUUCACGUGUCUUUGGGCGCGGUGAGCUUGUGAUAGAUUCUGCACAGAUAGCCAAACGAUACUUGCAGCGGUAUUUCAUCAUUGAUUUCCUAUCAGUGUUGCCAAUACCACAGAUUGUGGUUUGGAGAUUUCUUUUGAGGUCAAAAGGUUCAGAUGUACUAGCAACAAAGCAGGCCUUGUUAUUCAUUAUCUUGUUUCAGUAUGUUCCUAGAUUUCUCCGAAUGGUACCAUUGACGUCAGAGCUUAAGAGAACAGCCGGUGUCUUUGCUGAAACUGCAUGGGCAGGUGCUGCAUAUUAUUUGCUGCUAUACAUGCUUGCCAGUCAUAUAGUUGGUGCAUUUUGGUAUUUGCUAGCUAUUGAACGCAAUGACUCAUGCUGGCAGAAAGCAUGCAGUGGCAUUGAGAAUGUGUGCAAUAAAAACUUCCUUUAUUGUGGGAACCAGCACAUGGAAGGUUAUAGUGCUUGGCGUGAUAGAAGUGAAGAUAUUCUUACGUCAAAUUGCUCUGCAGAUGGUGAUCCUCCACCUUUUGAUUAUGGAAUUUUUGAGCAAGUCUUGUCUUCUGGCAUAAUUUCAUCUAAGAAAUUCAUCUCCAAAUACUGUUACUGUUUGUGGUGGGGGCUCCAGAAUUUGAGUCUUAGCUACCCUCCUAUUAAAUGGAGACAAGUUGGAAGGUUAUUAAGGGAAUUAUACUGGUGUGCUGAGGCUGACGAGUGUGAGAAGAGAAGAGGUUUAUACCAAUCUCAACACAAUGCAAGGAACUUGGUAGAAGUUGAGUGCAAAAGGGAUAGGAGUACACUUGGCCAGGGGCUUCAGACUAGCACCUACCCUGGAGAGGUUAUCUUUUCAAUAGCACUUGCUAUUUUUGGUCUCAUCCUCUUUGCACUUCUGAUUGGCAACAUGCAGGUAUACUUCAAAUCGAUGAAAUUAACCUAUCGUGAAAGUAAAAUUGCCGGAAGUCUUGUCAUUCAGUUUGUUCAGAAUUUGCUAGAGUUUCCAUGGGCUGUGUUUGAUUGGGUCAAAAUAUACUGGAUACUUGAAUAG